ACUUACUGCGUGAGUUGCUGCACACAUGCGCAAGAUGAACUGGACACUGGGCGAAAUCUGCCGCUACAGAGCUGCCAUUGAGCCAAAGCUGAGCUGCCUGAAGGAGCUUCAGAAGACGAUGUCUGAGGGCAACAGUAGGGUGAAGCAGGCAGCCAAGAUGUGUGACACUGUGACGCCUCACACCAGCACGGAUGGUGCGCAGACAAUGUACUCCAACCUCGAACACCUCGCGCUCAGCUGCGGCAAACUUACGACUGACGUCCUGAAAGCCAUCUUGCGUUUGGAGACACAGGAGCUUGAGUGGAAGAAGGUGGAUGUCAGCAUCUCCCAGCUGAAGACGUGGGUCAGUGACACACAAGCCAAGUUGGAUAAGAUGGACAACCUUGAGCCUGACUUGAUCAGCAAGCAAACUCAUCUCGAUAAGUGCAAGGCUGUUGCUGAGGAUUUGCAGGACCAUGAGGUGAUGUUCAACCAGCUUGUCAGCAUGUCUCUACAGCUGGCCAAGAAGUGGUCGGACGAAGGUCAGCUGACCGCUGUAUCAGAGCUGGACGGUCAGUACAGACACCUGGUCAACCGCACACAGGCCCUUGUUGAAACGUGGGAAGUGUACGUUGUGGAACACGAGCAGUUCGGAGAUUCCUACAGCGACACCGUAGACUGGCUCUCACUUGCUAAGUCACAGUAUCAGUCCUGCAGUGACACAACUGGCUCCAAAGAGGCCUCCGCAGAGCGGCGCCUGUCUUUACAGGAGCUGAUCAACAGGCGCGGCAUUGGCGAGGUCAAGGUCGUCGAGGCGACCUCUCUCAGCGUCUCCACGCUCGAGCACACGUCGUGCGCCGGCCACGCUGAGAUCCUGCGCAACAUGGCCGACCUGCAGGCUGCGUGGGAUCUGCUGCACGGCUCGCUCGCCGACUGCCGCGCGCUGCUAGACGAUUGCCUCGUCGCCUGGGAGCUGUACGAGGUCGUGCGCGUCGAGUUCUCUGAUUGGCUGAUCGCCAUCGAGGAGGAGCUUCAGGGCUACGAGGAUCGGCCGCUGCCUCUGGGAGAGGCCGUCGCAAGACUAGCGGAUCUGGUCACCGAGUGGAAAUACAAGAAAGUGAGCAGAGACCAGCUGCGAGAGGCCAGCGAUCAUCUCCUGGAAACGUUUAACUGUGACUGCACACCUCGGCUAGAGGUGGCACUGCUCAACGAUCGAUAUCUUGUCCUCAAUGAAUAUUUACAGGUAAAGUUUGCUCGACUAAUAUUAAGACGGACUCCAUAUUGUUGA